GGGACGCGGAUAGUCUCUUCCUCCCUCCCGUUCAUCCUAAUUUUGGCAGCAACCAGAACAGCCCCAAAGAAAAACCCGGAGGCGACGCGGGGGCUAGCCACCGAUCCAGCCCCAUUCCCCCAUCUUCCCUUCUUUCUGGUCUCCGUCGGACGGACAACAUCCAUGAACGGAGGCGGCGGCAGGAUCUUGUCGUAUGAGAAGCUGGAGGGGUACGCGGUAUGCGUGGGCGCGAGCGUGGCGGCGGCCUUCUUCAUCUCCAUGGAGCGGUGCUCCUGCAUCCACCUCCACACCAUGGACGACGACGAUUGCGACGACCCCGAGGAGGCCAAGGACUGGCCCCUCAUGCUCUCGCGCCCCCAGGCCCUCCCCGAGUACUACUACGACCGGACGGGGUCCUCCGCCUCGUUCGCCAGGAUGUGACAAUCGAGGUCGAUCAUCUCGUGUGAUCUGCUGUUUUUUGUUUAGUUCUUUUAAUUUUUGAUUAGGUUUUUUCUUUUUGCGUUUUCUCGUAAUUUGUCCUUGCUAUGAUCAAACUGUGUUAUUCGUGUGAGGCUUUCAAGAAAUCCAGCCCCUCAUUGUUCAUGCACGAUUCAGAGGGCAGAUUAAUCUGUGAUUUUGUACCGUC